AUGCAUAAAUCACCGGAAAAUGAGUUUAUGUAUUUGUUUGUAGCACUCAAAGCAUUCAUAAAGGGAUUCGAGUGUUGUAGACCAAUAGUUGUAGUGGAUGGUGCACACCUUAAAUCAACGUAUAAUGGUACAUCUGUGUCGGCAAGUACUUUAGAUGGAGCAGGUAAUAUCCUACCACUAGCGUAUGGUGUGAUAGAUUCGAGAAUAAUAAGUCCUGGACGUGGUUCUUUGAACUUGUUCAAGCAAGCUUAUGGUGUUAGAAAAAUUAUGUGUGUCGUGUCCGACCGACAUGAAAGCAUAAUACACACAGUUUCUAAGGUGUAUCCUACUGUUCCUCAUUUGGCUUGUAUAUGGCAUUUGUGGAAAAAUGUGAUAAAGCAAUACGCAUACAGCCAGGAUGAGUUCGAUAAAUUGAUGGAGAAGAUUGGGAAUGUUGAUAUUCGGGUAAAACGAUACCUAGAAGAUGCUGGAAGGGAUAAAUGGUCUAGGCUUUAUUCACCUGUUAACAGAGGAUGGACAAUGACUUCGAAUAUAGCCGAAUGUAUUAAUGGAAAACUGGUUGAAGCAUCAACUGAAUAUGUUUACACAGUGAAUGAUGGACUGAGGCGUUUCAUAAUCGAUUUGAAGAAGAAAACUUGCGGGUCAAGGAUGUUCCAAGGACGAGAUACCGUGUUCUCAUGCAUGGGCGGUAUUGAAGAAUAA